ACAUUGUUUGUUGGACAGGUGGGACAGACGCCCCUCGUCUCUGUCACUGCCAUCGCUGUCUAACUUGAUUUAAGUAAAUCAUAAUCAUCUAUCAGCAGCCAAGUGAGAUCAUCGCGUGAAGCACUGCCAUUGUUGGCCGUGAAAUGCAAUCGCUAAACAACUGGUUGAAGAUGUGACGCCGCAACUGGUAGUGAAAAGUCUGUGUGCAAUCCAAGUACUUAAUUAGUCUUAAGACAAUGUUGUUCAUACUCAACGCGAUGUUGCUGCUGUUGCCAAGUGAGAGCAGCGCACAGCCAAAUACGGACAGUAAGCAGCCGCCGACGCUGACGUUGCCAAACUUGCCAACAGAACAUCUCAUACGCUACCUCAACACGUUUCCCAAGCUGAAGCGACAGCUGCCCUCGAAUGCAACCAUCAGAACUGAAUCUCGCGCUUGCUGGGGCCAUGAGCGCAAUUGCAGCGCCGAGGCGCGUUUUCAAACGCCCCAAUGUCCAGGCGAACACACUGCGUGGGUGCGCAGCAAGGAGGCACAAGUGCAAACGUUUUACUAUCAAGCUGACUUUGGUUACAUACAACAGCAGUUGUCCGAACUGACGCCGCAAUGCGUGCCCAAAUAUCUGAGUGACUCUUCGCUGGAGUGCUCACGCUAUCUGCGCUUUUGUCGUGGACGCAAUUUGCUCUUUGAUCUACGUGAUCUGGUCAAUCGCAAAGAGCGUAUACGUUAUCAUAUGGAUGUGCUGAAGCCAGGACAAGUGCUGGGUCAUUGUGAGCUAAAUCGCUCACGACUCAUGGCCGAGAUGGAUCAUAUAGGCUCCGCUUUGCAGUCGUGGGGACCAGAGCUGCGUAACUUUGAUGUGCUGCCGCAGCCUGUGCUAGAAAGCGGCGCCUGUGAUUUGGUCGUCAAUGCGCCCACGUUUAUUAUGAAGAUUGAUGCCACGCAUAAUAUGUAUCAUCACUUUUGUGAUUUUUUUAAUUUGUACGCCUCGCUGUUUGUCAAUCAAUCGCAUCCGGCUGCAUUCAAUACGGACGUGCAGAUACUCAUUUGGGAGACUUAUCCAUACGAUUCACCUUUCAAAGCUACGUUCAAAGCAUUCACACAACGCCCCGUGUGGACUCUAAGCGAUGUCCAGGGUAAGCGUAUUUGUUUCCGUAAUGUGGUCUUGCCGCUGCUUCCGCGCAUGAUCUUUGGUCUCUUCUACAACACACCCAUAAUUCAAGGCUGCUCCAAUAGUGGUCUGUUUCGCGCCUUCUCUGAAUUUAUACUGCAUCGUCUUCAGAUACCAUAUCAGCCGCCAAAUGAGCAACGUAAACUACGCAUAACUUAUUUGUCGCGUCGCACAAAGUAUCGUCAGGUACUCAACGAGCAUGAACUUCUAGCGCGCCUGGAAGAACAUGACGAUUAUAUGCUGCAACGUGUAUCCUAUGAGCGUCUCUCCUUUGUGGAUCAAUUAGCCAUUACACGUAAUACGGACAUCUUCAUUGGUAUGCAUGGCGCUGGACUGACGCAUUUGCUGUUCUUGCCCAAUUGGGCAAGCAUUUUUGAGCUGUACAACUGCGAGGAUCCUAAUUGCUACAAGGAUCUGGCGCGUUUGCGUGGCGUACAUUACGUCACCUGGGAGCAACGUGAACUGGUGUAUCCGCAGGAUGCAGGCCACCAUCCGGAAGGUGGCGCACAUGCCAAGUUUACGAAUUAUCGCUUUGACGUAUCUGAAUUUGAGCGACUUGUAGACCAGGCGGCCAAACAGGUGCGUUCGCACAAGGAUUUUCCCCAAGCAACAACAAACCAGCAUGAGGAGCUUUAGUUUAUAUUAUAGCGUUUUUGUGAUUCAGUCAACUUAAUGCAUUUAUGACAUGAAAUUUAUUUUUAAAAAUAAACGUUCAACGAAAUCGAUAA